AUGACAUCAGAGAAGCGACCUCGUGACAACAACGACACCGACGUCGAUACCAACACCACCAACACCACCAACACCACUACCCCCAGCAAAAAAAUUAAAUUGGAUUUGAACAACCUCAAGCCAUCCCACACACUAUUCGUGAAAAACUUGGAUAACAAAGCGAAUAAACAAUCCCUUGUGCACAAUCUAUACAUACUUUUCUCAGCAUUCGGAGAUGUUAUCUCAAUUAAAUUAUACAAGUGUUAUGCAUUCAUAGCAUUUGGCCUGGUGGAAUCAGCAAAAUUAGCAUUACGGUCAUUACAAGAGGAAGAAUUUUUUGAGAGGCCGUUGAAGAUUGGUUAUGCUCUUAAAGAGUCGAAAGUAGUGGCAAAUGCAUUAAGCGGGGGAAAGAAUCUAAAUAUGGAUAAAGUUGAAACUGAUAAUGAAAAUGGUGAUCAAAAUGGUGAUCAAAAUGGUGAUCAAGAAGAAGCACAGGAGGAGGAAGAAUUAGAAGUAGAAGAAGAAGAAGAAGUGUUACCACUGUAUGAAUGA